AUGCCACCAGGCGCAUGGGACUCGCACAUGCACGUUAUCGACACUUUCCUCUAUCCUCUCUCUGCAACGGCUAUAUGCACCCCAAAAGCAUAUACCCUUGACCAUGCCACUGUCUUCGAGUCUCCAGUGAACAUUUCCAACGUCGUCCUUAUCCAGCCUUCGAUCUACGUAAUGACCACUCCUGCCUGCUGGAUGCUUCACACAAGCUCGGUUCUAAGCAUGCCCGGGGUAUCAUUGCAUUUGACCCAGCUUCAAACCCUUUCUUUCGCGUACGCCAUCUGGCCGCUCAAAUGGGCGCUUCAACAAUAUAUCCCGCUGCAUACGAUGGCAAUCCUUGAGGGUAUCGUGCCUCAGCUGCAAGUUAGUGCUUACAUUGACCAUUUCGGGAACCCUUUACUACCGGGGCAAGCAUUAUAUACGCAGACCCGUGAUCCAUACACUCUGCCAAGGUUCCAGGCUCUGGUGAAACUCCUAGAAGAAGGGAAUACCGUUAUUUUUCGACACCAUACCGAAUCAGCGAGUUUCUUGUUACGAGCGAUUUAG